AGCCCGGAGCCCAUCCCGGCGUCCGGAGCGGGAGCGCCACACCCCCUCCGCCGCAGCCGCGCAGCCGAUGGCAGCGUCCUCUCCCACCGCCACCGUGGGCUCGGAGCUGCCGCCGGAGCCGGGCGGCAGCGGGGGCCCCGGCGAGGGGGCGGACGAAGAGCGGGAGCUGCUGCUGGCGCGGCUGGUGCCCGCGAGCCGCCUGAAGGAAGCGGUGGGCGCGUCCCUGGCGUCGCUGUGCCUCGGCCCCCUCGGCGGAGCCCAGCGCCUCGGGACCCUCGUGGACUGCCUGGUACUGAACUACCGCCUGCGGCAGGGGCCGGGCCGGGAGCGCGGGGCCGAGGGGCCGCUGCGCUGCUGCGGCUGCAGGAGGUUCCUGGGCGAGCCGGUGACCGUCCCGUGCGGGCACACCUACUGCCGCCGCUGCCUCCGCAGGGAGCUGCGGGCCCGCUGCCGCCGCUGCCGGGACUGGCUGCUGCCGGCGGGGGGCACCAGCACGGCCGCGGCCCCGCUGCGCACCAGCGUCGUCCUCAACCGGCUGGCGGAGAAGUGGUUCCCGGGCGAGUGCGAGAGAGCGAGGGCUGGGACCCGGCUGGAGGAGCUGCUGGCCCAGGGCCGCUUCCGAGAGGCGCUGGACGCCGUCAACCAGGCUCUGCGAGCAGAUUCCAGUGACUUGAUGCUAAGAAUUUACAGAGCUGAGUCAUAUGUUGGCCUCCAAGAAUAUAAAACAGCCAUAGAAGAUCUAAAUUUUGUUAUUUCUAAAAUGCCAAAUUGGCCAGAGGUCUACUUUCAGAAAGGAAAAGUGCUGCAAGACUCUGGCUUUGUAGGUGAUGCCUUACAACUGUUUCUACAGUGCUUAGCCCUUGAUGAGGACUUUCUUCCAGCCAAGCUAGAAGUAGAAAAGAUAUUGUGUGAUGUUUUGUCACCAGAGAAGCUAGGUGAAAGUCUGAAGGAAUCAGCUUGGAAUUCACCCCAUAUUAGAAAUAAACCCUUUAUACUUGGAUCUGAAGUGACUGCAUCUUACUGCAACUUACAGCUUUGUCCUCUGCAGAGUUUAGGAGGAUCGGAUGUACUGGAGCCUGUGAGUGGAAGCUUAAAUCGUGCACAGUCUGCCCAUGCUCUUAACUCAACAAAAGACCUUGCCAAGGAAGAUGGCUUAAAGAGAGUGUCUUCUGAACCCCUUCUCUCUAGCCAAGGAAAAGGUGCUUUGUUAAAAAGAAAGCUUUCCUUUUCAGAACAGGAUACAGUUGUAUGUGAAGAUGGAAGAAACAAACACAAAAAGCAAGGAGAAAGUACAAAAUGGGACAUGACACUGGCUUUUGGAACAAUCCCAGGGGAUUUGAUUGAUGUAUCAGAUUUUGAGUGUUCCCUGUGUAUGAGGCUAUUCUUUGAGCCAGUAACAACCCCUUGUGGACAUACUUUUUGCAAAGGUUGCUUGGAACGGUGUUUAGAUCAUGCUCCACAGUGUCCACUGUGUAAGGAGAGCUUGAAAGAGUACCUUGCAAGUAGAAAAUAUAGUAUCACAGAACUGCUGGAGGAAUUAAUAAUGAAAUAUUUGUCUGAUGAAUUAUUUGAGAGAAAAAGAAUUCAUGCUGAAGAAACUGCAGAACACUCCAACUUGACCAAGAAUGUUCCAAUGUUUGUUUGCACUAUGGCAUAUCCUACUGUGCCUUGCCCUCUACAUGUAUUUGAGCCAAGAUACCGACUCAUGAUUCGCAGGAGUAUGGAAACUGGAACUAAACAGUUUGGAAUGUGCAUAAGUGAUUCUCAAAAUGGUUUUGCAGAUUAUGGUUGCAUGCUGCAAAUUAGGAACGUUCAUUUUCUACCUGAUGGACGGUCUGUUGUUGAUACUAUUGGUGGGAAGAGAUUUAGAGUUUUACGGAGAGGAAUGAAAGAUGGUUAUUGCACUGCAGACAUUGAAUAUUUGGAAGAUGUUAAGGUUGCUGAUGCAGAAGAACUAAAGAAAUUGAGAGAGCUUCACAAUUUUGUUUACAAUCAGGCCUGCAGUUGGUUCCAAAACUUAAGAAACAAAUUUCGCACUCAAAUUCUUCAGCACUUCGGACCAAUGCCUGACAGGGAGGAAAAUAUACAGGCAAUGCCCAAUGGUCCUGCUUGGUGUUGGUGGCUUCUAGCUGUUCUCCCAGUAGACCCCAGAUACCAGCUGUCAGUUCUCUCCAUGAUGUCUUUAAAAGACCGCCUGAUAAAAAUCCAACAUAUACUCACCUAUUUUUCUAGAGACCAGUCCAAGUGACUAACCGCCUGGGUCUUCCUGAAAAGUUACUCUGUUCUGGUUGUAGUAGCAGCUGGAAUUUUUGCUGCCUUUGCACAUCUAGCACUGGUUUGAGAAGUGUAAUGGAACUGUUUUUUCUCUCCACCCUCCUGGCUUCCUGAACCACAUGGUUCAUUGGAUGCACACUUUCUUCAACUAUGAGAGAAGACCACUGACAAUUGCACAAAGUCAACCCAGCUAGAUAUGUUUUCCACGUUAUCUACAUUAAAAUUUGCACUAUGUAGAAAAUAACCUUUUUGAGACUUGAUCCUUUUAGCAAUUGACUUUUCUAAGCUGUGGAAGUGCAGGACUUAAGGCUGACAGUCUAAGUUUACAACAUUGAGGAGGUAAUAAAGGUUUUGCAAAUGUUUGCCUCAAACAACUGUUUUUUUGCUGUUUGCACAAAUAUUUGAAAUAUAGUAUUGAAUGUCACAGUCGGAUAUUGCUACUCUUGUUUAACUAUCUUGACCAUGAAUAUGGCACAGUUUUUUUUUAAGUUAUCUUGUCAAUGUAUGCAUCACAAAACAGGUGACAUGAACUGUAUGCUGAACUGAGAGCCAACUUUAAGGAACAAAUGCAGAAAAAAAGGUACUUCUGUCUAAAAAUACUUAAACUGUGAAUAUGGUUUACAUACCUAGGCCUGUACAUUUUAAAGAGGAAACUGAAAUCUAAAUGCUAGUACCAGUUACAUUUAUACUGGGCUUUUCAGGCUGUUCUUCCAGAGCACACACUUAGUUUGUAGAGUUUAGAAGAAGAAAUCUUAGUGUGCGUGCGUGUGUCUAUCGGGGAUUGUGCAUCCAGGAUUCAAAAGCUUAAAGUUUUAUUUGAACUUUUUAAGUUGGUGCAAAUGUGAGUUCUAUGCCUUAUUCAUAUAAAUAGUAGAGCACACUGCAGUGGCAAGGUUAGCAUCAUGCUGCCAAUAGGUACUUUUUGUAAUUAAAGGUUUGCAUAUUUGUGAAUAUGUCUGAUACUGGCUUUCUUGUAUGUAAAUCAUUUGUAAAAUAUUUCUUAAAUCUUGCUUUUGCUAAUAUAUUUAAUUUUCAAUAAAAGCUAAAAGUUUGUAAUAUUUUUAACUUUGUCAGAAACUUUAAAUCACUUUCCUUUUCCAUAUGCUUCCAUUCUGGGAUCUUAAGUAAAUCCAGAAGCUUCUGUUUAACCUAUGUUAAGAUUGUGAGCACUUCAUGACGUAACUGGUAUGUUCAUAAUCUGUUUCUGAUUAUAGUACCUGUCUCAGACUGAUUACUGGUCAGACAAGUUUUUUUCCUGGUGUCCUGCUAUUCUUUCUACUUUUUUUAAAAUCAUGUACAAAGUUUGCAUUUUGCAAAACGUAAAAGUUGUAGGAAACUGUCCUUGCAGAGCAGUGAGAUGUUUCACUGACUUGCUAGUCAGAUAGUCGGGCCUAGUUCUUUUCUGGAGUUGAAGGCUGGAGAUUUUACAGGCAGCCCAAAAUCUGCUGGAUCAUCUUCCAAUAUCAGUUUCUAUCUAGAGUAAAUUUCCCCUUUAGGGUAUAAGUAAAGUUUUGGGUGAAUAUUUGGGAAGCUUUAUUUGCAUAAUAAAAGAAGAAAGGGAAUCCUCUAUUUUUGCACUUCCAUAUGCUAUAACCUUAGAAAUGUAAUCUUUCUAUCACCAUGAUCUUUCUUCUUAAGAAUGCAGGUGGCAGAACUUUUUUCCCUUGGCAGUGAAAAGUUCCUGUAGCCAGACUUGAAAUAUCCAAAUAAACUACUGGUAAUUUUUUUUUAAUUUCUUACCGAAAGCUUGAGUUUGAAAUGGAGUAUUCCAUAGUCUGCUAAAAGAUGUGUCUUUAUAAGCUCCCAUGACUUGUUAAUACAGUAAAAAUGCAAGUGUCAAUUUGGUUGAAGUGCCCUGUGCAUAAUGGAGUUUUACUUCUGGAACUGUAUAAACUAUGUAAGACAAAACUUUACUGAAGAAAAAUAACAACAAUAUAAAAAGCAAAUUCACUGUGUUUAACAAAUGCUGCAUUAAGGCUAAUUAUAAGUACCACUCUUCAGUAACCAUUCUACAGACGUGAUUAUUAUAGGUACUCUUGGGAAUGAUAGAAAAUUGAGAUGGAAAGAUUUUUAAGAGGUUUCUCAAACUGGAACUUUAAGUGAAUACUUUGUGUACCAGAAUGUGUCAUUUUGUGCAGUUACAGUGGGGCAGAACAACAAACUCAACUGAACAUUUGCAAAGCCCUUUCAGUAAAUAGGUUGGAGAGAGUACCAUGCUGUACUUUGUACAUUGUAUUUUGAAUUUGGGGAGUACUUUCUUACAGUUAUUCUUUAAAUUUUCAUCUCCUCCUGUUCCCCAUCAAAGCACGGGUCCUUUAGCUAUCAAACAAUAAAACAGCAGCUGACUAAGGGCUAAGUUUGAUUAUCUUAUAUUGUUACAGUAAGGUUCAAAAUCAAUGUAAUUAAGCCUGAAUGGAAUGCAAGUGAUCUAGACUUGAGCAAAAGGGAAAAAGGGAAAGCUCACUUCUUGUCUAGGUAAGGUGCAAUGCCAUUAAUGAUUAGUCUUACAUCUGAUGAUGAGCAACAGUCAACAAAAGUCAACCUCUCAUUUUCUGACAGAUUUAAGGGAGUCUCCUUUUCUGGACAGGACUCCUGGACCAGCCAACAAGAGCUACCCUAAAUUAUUAUUGGGGCACUUUAUUUAUGAGAUUGUGCCUUCUUUGUUCAGUCAUAAAAUUGACAAGUUGAUGUAGAAUGGUUCUUUGUGUAAGCAUGAGAACAAAAUUAGAUGUGUCUCAAGAGAUUGGUGAUCCAUAAAUAGCUAUACAGUGAAUCGGAUUGCACAUAUAUUAAUAAGAGAGAGCUCAGAACUUCAGUGUGAUGGGGAGGAGUCACCAUACUCAGAAAUAUUUGCCUGGAAGUGAUGUGUGUUUUGGCAAGGACUUCUUCCCAGUUUUGUUAAAUUAUGGCCAGAGAUCUCACUGUAAUUCUUAAUUUAUGAUUAAUAUUUACCUCCAGCCUUUUACCAAAUGUCGUUUCUUGUAACAGCUUGCUGUCCUAGAUAAGCACUGAUGAGCAUUAGGUUUAGAAACUUCAGAUUUCUUGGUAUGAAAUGGCAACUUCAUAAUUCUCCAUCUUACUUGAUUUUUCUUUUGGCAAUUGGCAAGUAUUUGUCACAUUCAUUCUAGCAAAUUGUUUCUUUGUGGGCCUUUUACUGGCCUUAAGUUUCUUUAAGGACAAUGUGCAAAGAUGAGUGUAAGAUAUGUUGAUGGGAGUGAAACUUGAAGAGAUGUUAGAACAUUAGUAGAAAGAUGUUUGCUCUAAACCCCAUGAAAGAUGAGGCCAGGUUCAAACAUUGCUAAAUACCUUACAAAACUUGGUCAUCAGGUGAUCUAACCCAUUCCUUGGAACUCUGCAUCAGAGAACUUGUGGGGUGAGGUAAUUAUCUGCUAGAUAUUAAAGUUGUGCUUUAGACUCACUAACAUUAAUUACAAAUGAGACAGGGUAGAGUUACCUGCACAGCUGAGUCCUGGAGACCAGCACGAGGGAGCCCCACAGGAUGAGGCUCUGUGCACUUGAUACUGAGGCAGGGACAAACCAUAUCUGCCUGGCCUGCACCUCACCAAAGUUGUUUUGUCAGUACUGACUUCGACUGUAAAGACCUGGCUUUCUACAACUGGAUUUGUAAGGGGAAGGCUUUCCACUUACUAGAUGAAAUAUCUGUUUAAUAUCUGUGGUAUCACACUGAAAUCCAUCCAUUAUCCUUCCAUUUAUGUGCUUUUCUCCAAUUAAAAAACCCAAAAAACCUAAAGCUGUAAAAUGCUUAAUCGUAGGAUGUAAGAUAUUCUAAGGCCUUUACCAAAACAAAACAAAACAGAGUCCACUGAGCCUUGUUUUUUGUGAAUUUUGUGAAAGUUAUGCUUUCCUGUCUGCUUAUGACUGCAAACUGCUUUUACGAGCAAAGAGAAGUAGCAAGAUUUCACCAUGGAUUUUAAAAAAAAAUAACAUUCUUGAUUGUAGAAGUGAUGUAGUUAAAUUGGAGUCAGAAAUGCCUAUGGGGAUGUGACAGGCUCUCUAGGACAAAAUGUUUUGAGUGUUAGAAAGCAGUUUGUAAAGAAGUCUUCACAAUUCCAGUUGAGGGGUUUGGUUUUGUUUGGUAAAUAAGUUGGAAGGAUGACUUACAUUGGAAAUACCUUUUAAAGCAUACUGAAUACAAACCUGUUCUAGCUAUGAAACUGGCCAUUUUGUAGAUGUUUAGUGUUAGAAAAGGGAAAUGAUGUAGUAGGAAACCAGAGGCUGUGCCAUAUUCAGAGAAAUACAGUCACUUUGCAAUCCAUACAAAUUCUCUGGAGCUUGGCAUUUUAAUUCUGUUAUGUAUUUGAGUGAGUGUUGGUUCCUUGUGCUUAAGAGCUUUCUGGUCUGUUAGCUCAAAAUGUUUUUAUCAGCAUAAAGAGCUAUAGGAAGUGCUUGGCAAAGUGGGCUUCUCCCUGACAGCGCUAUAAGGGGAGGGGCAAUGAUUUUUUUUUGUUUUCUUCAUUCUUUUUUCCCCUCUUGCAUCAGACCUCACUGAGUUCUGGUUCUGACUGAGGGUUGCUUGUGGGGGCCACAUCCCAUUCUUCUUUCCCCUGCCAGCAUAUCAGACCCAUUCACCAGAUGCUCCAGCUGCCUGCUGGAUGAAAUCCUGGGGUCUGGGAAGCACCAAGUGAACGACAGCCCAUUCUUGUCUGUGAAAAGCUCUGUUGUUGGAAAAGACUUGAAUUUAAUGCUUGAUAUUCACAAGCAUCCCUUGAGCUUCUGGCUGCUUGUUUUUGUUACAAUUUUUCUGUGAAGAUAUCCUCCUACUGGUGAUGACAUCUGUCAUCAGGAGGGGGGAGAGAGAGAGAAAAGCUGUUACAGUUCAUUCUUUUACCAACUUCUCUGCAAAUGCAUCUUCAGUCCUUCCUAAAGAAGUUUUGAAUUUUGCCUCCCACAGGGAACAAGAAGUCUAAGAUCACCUUUGCACUCAGGGAAUACCCUUCAGGAAGUAAAUCUUGUCCUAUGGAAAGCUUCCCACUGUAGCUGAACUGACAUUUCAUAGUCAUACAGAAGAAAGAUAACAGGACCUGUCUGAGGCCUGCUACGAGACUCCCAAGGCAGAAACCCAAAGCUCUAGAGGCAAGCUCGCUUGCAGUUACUUAAGGAAACAAACUGGGACAGUGGGGGGGACAAGGGGGGAUCAAGAUCUUCCCUUCCCACAGAUCUCUGCAUGCCUGCUGUGGUUAAAACACUCUUCUAAGAACUGAGGGAAAGGUUAUGUUUUGUCCUUUCCUCCAGUAGCAAGGGAAUCAAAUUGCUUAUAACCAGGGUGGCUGUCGUAACAUGUAGAGUGCAUGUCAUGUUUUGUGUGGAUAGAUGUGCUUUGAGGUCCCCACUGGAACACUAACUUCGUGUAUCCUGAUAAGGCUGAUUUGUAAAAGGCUAGUUUGCCCUGUUAAGAUCUAAAAUGCUUACACAAAAGUGCAAGAGGAGAUGCUAAAGUGGCUUUCGGUCCCUCUCACCCAGGUAGCCAUUGCACAGCAACGGUGAGGAGGUUUGAAUGCACACAUUUAGAUCACAAGUGGAAGAGGGAUCUGGGACUGCAAUACAAUUCUAGAGGCACUUAAGCUCUGCAGGAAAUACCGGGUUUGUAUUGCAGUUUUCUGGUGAUUGUUUUUGUUUUUUUUCUUUUUAAAUUAACCCUUGAUGAAACUUCUAUAACUUUCUCCUCUAGUAAAUAGUUUGAAAUAAGCGUUGAGUGUUCCAACAGCAUUUACACUUCAUUUUUGCCUGAGCCCAUAAAGCCAUUGUUCUCAUGUUAAGCUUUUGGAAGUUUUGAACAGGAAGUGUCAUCUGAAAAUGCACAGGCUAUGCCAACUGCAACACAAUCCAAAUACAGUACAACUGGCACCUCUGAUUUUAAAACCUGGCUCAGAAUUUCCACCGCUAUUUCACAAUUAAGUUGCAGUGCUGAAGAAAUUACUUAGGCUGUAAGAAAAGGUCCAAAUGGCCACUCCAGUGGGGGAACAAUAAUGAUUUUUUUUUAGGUAUGAAUUGCUUUAAAACAGGGAUGUCUUAAUGCUAUCCCCAAGAAGUCUGAAGUACAUUCUCUCCUAGGCCUUCAAUUCACUUUUACAGCUCCCCACAAGCAGCAGAUA